AUCGCUAAAACACGAGGGCGCGCCACGUUUCUUGGCCGCAAAAGGGCCGCUUUGCAACACUUGCAUUUUUUCUUCUUUGUUUUGUUCGCUCUUUCUGCUUGGAGAAAAAAACAACGUGCCGCGGUACACCUUAUUUUGAGGGUGAAAAGUAUUCCUAUAUUGUCGUCAUUGAACGUUGAAUUGAAAAAAUGCCAUCUAAAUCAAAGCCCCGACUUUCGCGCGGCGUCCUGGACAUGAAGUUCAUGCAGCGGACCAAGGUCAAAGUGGAAAAGGAGGCGGAUGACGAGCAAAGUCGGGCGCUUUACUCUAACGAGAUCAACCAGAAGAUGCUCAACUCCAACUCGAAUUUUCUUGUUGAAUCCAGCUACUCUAUUUGCGCCGGUCUAAUCGAUGGACGCCUCAGUUUCCGGGGCAUGAAUCCUGAAUUGGAGCUGCUAAUGGAGCAAGAGCUAGCCGAGAAGCAGGGGCGCAUGAAGCCGGAGCAACCAAAAGAGGUUUCCGACCAGGACAUGGCCAAGGCCUACUAUGCUAACAAGGCACCCACGGUCACCGGCAGCAUGGGCAAGAAGUUUAGUACCAAAAAGAAUUUCAAAAGGAAGCAAAACGAUGAAGGGCAUGGGAGUCCGCAUCCCAAAAAUAAACAACAUUUCAAGAAACCACGCUCGGAUGAAGAUUAGUUUAUUCCUUAUUUGUUAUACAUUUAACCUAGCUGCUAGUUAAAUAAAAUUUACGAAACGGA